AGAGUAAACAAUUUCAGUGUGCAUUAAGAAGCCGAUCCACAAAGUAAUAUCUGAAAAAACAAAAUGAGUGCUUGGGAAAACAAUGAAGAAAUCAAAAUAUUUCGGGAAUAUUUACGCAUUCCCAGUGUUCAUCCAAAUGUUGAUUAUGAGCCCUGCGUUCAAUUCCUUAAAAAACAAGCUACCGAUCUAGGUCUGCCAAUAACUUUAUAUUAUCCAGCCAAGAAAACUUUACCCAUUGUCGUAAUAACAUGGCAAGGUACCCAGCCUCAAUUGCCCUCAGUGAUAUUGAAUUCGCACAUGGAUGUUGUACCGGUAUUUGCUGACAAGUGGAAACAUCAACCAUUUGGCGCCGAAAUGGAUAAUGAGGGUCGUAUCUUCGCUCGUGGCUCACAAGACAUGAAAUGCGUAGGAAUGCAAUAUUUGGCAGCCAUACGAGCAUUGAAAAAGAAUGGAACCACCAUGAAGAGAACAGUCCAUGUAAUGUUUGUACCAGAUGAAGAAAUUGGCGGACAUUUAGGAAUGGAGGCCUUUGUUAAGACUGAUGAUUUCAAAAAACUGAAUGUUGGCUUUUCCUUGGAUGAGGGUAUCGCUUCCGAAAAUGAUAUUUUCAAAGUAUAUUACGCCGAAAGAUCCAUAUGGCAAAUCCACUUCAAAAUUAGCGGCCAAGCUGGACAUGGUUCGUUGCUGUUAAAGAACACUGUUGGUGAAAAGUUGCAUUCUAUCUUGAACAAAAUGAUGGAAUUUAGAGAACAUGAAUCGAAACGUUUGGAAAGUAAUCCUAAUUUAACUAUUGGAGAUGUAACUACAGUCAAUUUAACUACCUUGAGUGGUGGUGUUCAAAGUAAUGUUAUUCCGCCAUUCAUGCAAAUGGGUUUCGAUAUAAGACUUGCCAUUACCGUAGAUCAUGCCGAAUUUGAAAAACAGGUACGUCAAUGGUGCGUCGAAGCUGGCGGUGAUAUUGAACUAGAAUUUGAGCAAAAGGAACCCAAAGUUGAACCCACUAAAAUCGAUAGCUCAAAUCCUUACUGGGUAGCAUUCCAGAAUUGUCUUGUCAAAGAUUUAGGUUUAAAACUUACUACAUUGGUCUUCCCUGGUGGCACUGACAGUCGUCAUACCCGUCACGUUGGCGUUCCUGCCAUUGGUUUCUCUCCCAUGAACAACACUCCUGUACUGUUGCACGAUCACGAUGAAUUUUUAAAGGCUGAUACGUAUUUGAAGGGUAUUGAGAUCUACAAGAAACUUAUUCCUGCCGUAUUGAAUGCCUAAAUUUUACUUGUUUUUAAUAUGAUUGUUAUAUUAUUGAUAAUUGAUGAUUGAUUAUGGAAUAUAAUUAAAUUUAAAAUAAAUUUUUGAAGAUUUGUUUUAAAAACGUAUCUCAAUUUUAAAAUGUACUUAAAA